AUGAAAUCAAAGAAAUCAUUUCAAGUAAUACCAAUUGAUAGAAAUCUACCUCAUAAGAAAUCACAUGAUACUAUUAACAAAAAAAAUAAUAAUAAUAAUAAUACAAUACCAACUUUAAAAGUUGUAUUACUUGGAGAUUCAGGUGUUGGUAAAACUUGUUUAAGAUCACAAUUUAUUCAUCAUGUUUUUACAAAUGCUUAUAAAGCAACUAUUGGUGGUGAUUAUUUAACUACUACAAUUGAAUUACAACAACCACAAGGGAAAUUAAAAUCAAAAUCAUCCAAGAAUAGUGAUUUUUCAGAAGAAGAUUCGGAAACUUUAUCAGAUUUAGAACCAGAACACAAUGAAACAAUCAAUACAUCAUCAUCAAUCACACAAAAACCAUCAUCAAAUUCAAUCUCAAUUCAACAACCACCACCACCACAGAAACCACAAAAAUUAAAUUUACAAGUAUGGGAUACUGCAGGUCAGGAAAGAUUUAAUUCCAUAUCAAAAGCAUUUUAUAGAGGUACAGAUAUAUGUAUAUUAUGUUAUGAUAUAACAAAUUAUGAAUCAUUAUUAAGUUUAAAAAAUUGGUUUCUUAAAUUUAUUGAAAAUUGUCAUGUUUUAAAACCUGGUUUUAUCAUUGUUGGGAAUAAAUUAGAUAAGUCGAAUAAUAGAGUUAUUGAUAAAGAAGAAGUUAGGGAUAUUUUAACUAAUGAUAUAACCUCUAAGAGUCAAUUUAGGCUAAGUGAUUAUAUAAAUGAUUGGGAUUUGGAUGUUAUUGAAAUUAGUGCUAAAAAUCAUAAUUUAGUUAAUGAUUUAUUUCAAAGAGUUGGAGAAUUAGGUAUGAUUUUAAAUUCUGAAAAUAAUGAAGAAGAAUUAAAUACUCAUACAAAUUUACAAAAUUUUGAUAAAAUAGAUUUAUUGGAUUCAAAUAAGAAAUCAAAAGCUAGUAGUUGUGCUUGCUAA